CCCUGCGUAUGAAAAACACGGUGUGACGGUGUCAGAGUCAAUUUCUUGUUUGCAAGCACGUAUUUCAUUAAAAGUUAUUUAAUAAUUAUUUAAUAAUAUAGAUAACACGUGUUAUUUUUUUGUAUAUAUAUUAUUCAGUGCCGUUUUCUUCUUAAUCGGUACUUUAUUUUGAACCUCAUGAUAAUAAGAGGCGGAACCACGCAUAAUGGAACAUGAAUUGAAAAAUAGUUCCGGUGGCGGUGACAAACAAGAGACGAUGGAUAGAGAAUCAACGCCAGACCGAAGGUCUGUUUCGCCUUCGAACGAAAAGAAUUUAUCGAAAACAACUGACGAUGAGCUUUGCAAUAAAUCAGGGCCCGAUUCACCGACAAAUUCACGAGAUAAUUCAAAAGAACGAUCACCUUCAGUUGAACGGAAUAAUUUAAAUGGAGAUAAACACUCAGACAGUGAAUCUGAAUCUAAACGAAAGUCUCGCUCGAGAAGUAGAGGAAGAUCCAAAUCAGGAUCACCGGUGUCAGAGAGAAGUGAUCAUUCUAGAGCAUCAUCUAAUGCUCGCAGUCCAUCUAAUGCAAGUUCCGCUUCAAAGCACUCACCAGCUCGAUCUCCAUCACAUUCACCCAAACAUUCACCAUCCAAAUCUCGAUCACGAUCCAGAUCUAAAUCCAAAUCUCGAUCACGGUCCAGGUCUAAAUCUAAAUCUCGAUCACGAUCCAGAUCUAAAUCUAAAUCUCGUUCAAAAUCCAGGUCACGAUCCAAAUCUAGAUCAAAGUCCAGAUCGAAAUCACGAUCUAAAUCUAGAUCUAAGUCAAGAUCAAAAUCUAGAUCGAAAUCACGAUCUAAAUCAAGAUCUAAGUCUAGAUCUCAGUCGAGAUCAGUGUCAAGAUCUAAAUCAAGAUCGAGAUCUAAAUCAAGAUCCAAGUCAAGAUCAAGAUCGAAAUCACGAUCGGUGAGAGUAUCAAGAUCAAGAUCAAAAUCAGUGUCAUCGCGAAAGAAUUCUCGUUCACCCUCGUUAAAACGAUCUCGCUCACGAUCAGCCUCUAGAAAAAGAUCAAAUUCCCGAUCUGUCUCGCGCAACAGAUCACAGUCAAAAUCACCUUUACGAAACAAACCACACUCCAGAUCACCGUCACGAAAUAAAUCCAAAUCACCAUCAGGAAAACGUUCAGUAUCAAAAUCACCGACAAAACGAUCCCGAUCAAGAUCAAAUUCCCCUAAAUCCAGAUCAGUCUCCAGAUCCCGUUCCCGUUCUGUAUCACGAUCACGAUCAAGAUCUGGUUCCAGGCGUUCUAGAUCCGGCUCGAGAAAAUCAAGAUCAGAAUCCAGAAAAUCAAGAUCUGAAUCUAGAAAAUCGAGAUCUGGCUCCAGAAAAUCAAGAUCCGGUUCAAGAAAAUCAAGAUCCGGUUCAAGAAGAUCGAGGUCCGGUUCAAGAAAAUCAAGAUCUGGAUCUAGAAAAUCAAGAUCUGGCUCCAGAAAAUCAAGAUCCGGUUCAAGAAGAUCGAGGUCCGGUUCAAGAAGAUCAAGAUCGGGUUCAAGAAGAUCGAGAUCAGGUUCGAGAAGAUCGAGAUCAGGUUCGAGAAGAUCGAGGUCCGGUUCCAGACGGUCAAGAUCCGGCUCUAGAAAAUCGAGAUCCGGAUCAAGAAAGUCGGGCUCGAGAUCAAGGUCCAGAUCUGGAUCGAGAUCGAGGUCGAGAUCAGGUUCCAGAAAAUCAAGAUCCAGAUCACGAUCAAGAUCCGGAUCGAGAAAUUCCAGAUCAAGAUCCAGAUCCGGUUCGAGGUCAAGAUCACGAUCUCGUUCAAGAAGUGGAUCGAGAAAAUCGAGGUCCAGGUCCAGAUCGAAAUCAAGAUCAAGAUCACCAUCGCCAUCGACGUCGAAAGUUAACCGGAAAUCAAGAUCACGUUCGACGUCUUCGACGAGAAUAUCAAGAAAACGAAAUCGUGACUCAAGUGAUAAUAGAGAAGGUCGAUUAUUGUCUGAUUCGGAGGAUGAAAAUACCUACAGCAAAGCAAAAAGAGUUCAUCAAUUAUCGGACUCGGACUCUGAGCAACCGGAGAAAAAGAAUGAAGCGACAAAUGUCAUUGACGAGGAUAAUGAGGGUGAGAAAAAUGAAUCACUGGAAACACCGGUUGAAAAGCUUGACGAUUCUGACGAUGAUGAGCCACCAAGAACGGGUGAAUCAGAUGAUUUCAUAUCAGACUUCGAUCGUAUGAUGGCAAAGAAAAAGGAAGAGCAAUCACGUCGCAAGAAGCGAAAGGAUAUUGAUAUUAUUAACGACAAUGAUGACAUAAUUGCACAAUUAUUACAAGACAUGAAGAAUGCAUCAGAGGAGGAUAGAAAAUUAAAUCAACUUAUUAAGCCGGCGACGAAUAAAAUAGCAAUGCUACCAAAAGUUAUGUCGCAAUUAAAGAAACACGAUCUACAAUUAGCUUUUCUCGAACAUAAUGUUCUCACUGUUCUUACGGAUUGGCUGGCUCCAAUGCCGGAUCGAUCACUGCCAUCACUUAGAAUUAGGGAAAGUCUUCUUCGUCUACUUUGCGAGUUUCCAAAAAUCGAUCAGUCUUCUUUAAAGCAAUCUGGAAUUGGAAAGGCAGUCAUGUAUUUAUAUAAGCAUCCUAAGGAAACGAAGGAAAACAAGGAGCGCGCUGGUAAAUUAAUUAACGAAUGGGCUAGACCGAUAUUUAAUCUUUCCGCCGAUUUCAAAGCACUGUCGAAAGAGGAGAGAAUGCAACGCGAUUUAGAGCAAACGCCGCAGAAAAAGAGAAAAGUCGACGCUGACGGUGCAUCGCAAAAAUCUCAGGACAUUAAUAAGGCAUUCAAAGGAGAUGCAAAACCUCUUCGACCUGGAGAUCCUGGAUGGGUGAGCAGAGCUAGAGUUCCAACUCCUUCGAAUAAGGAUUAUGUUGUUCGACCUGAUUGGAAAUCAGACGUCGAUAUUAGUAGAAGUACGAAAAAACAAAUGAAUCGAUUUGAGAAGCAUAUGAAGAAUUAUGUCGAUAACAAGAGAUUGAAGGCAAACAGACGAGCAGUGACCAUCUCAAUAGAAGGACGUAAAAUGGCGCUUUAAUUAAAAAAAAUUUAUUAUUAUUAUUAUUAUUAGAAAUAUUUCGUUCCUUUCAAGUGCUCCUAUAGAAAAAAGUGCAAAACAAUUUAGUUGUGAAUGUUGUAUGGAUUUUCUUCAAUAAAUAUUCGUGAAUUCUUUUUUAAUCUA